AAAAAAACUCCCAGAGGGAGUGCGGGAGCCGUCUCUCACGCCCUGCUCACGUGCCAACACUCUCCCAACACCUCUGUCUCUCUCCAGAUCUACGCAUCUGUGUUCGUCGUCUUCGCUCUCUCCAUGCCUCUCUAUUCACUCGCAAUUCAUCCAAAACCCUAACCCUAGAUUUCCAUUCUUCACCCACAGAAUCCCCAGAGCUUCAGAGAUGGCCUUCAUGGCGGUUCUGGAAUCUGAUCUGCGCGCUCUCUCUGCUGAAGCUCGCCGUAGGUACCCCGCUGUCAAGGACGGUGCGGAGCACGGCAUAUUGAAGCUUCGUUCACUGUCAAGCCCUAGUGAAAUUGCACAUAAUGAGGACAUACUACGGAUCUUUCUGAUGGCUUGUGAGGUCAGAAAUGUCAAGCUGAGUGUUAUUGGGCUUUCCUGCUUGCAAAAACUUAUAUCUCAUGAUGCUGUUGCUCCAUCAGCUUUGAAAGAGAUACUCUCCACACUGAAAGAUCAUGCUGAAAUGGCAGACGAGAGUGUUCAGCUCAAGACCCUACAAACGAUACUAAUAAUAUAUCAGUCGCGUUUACAUCCUGAAAAUGAGGAUAACAUGGCUCAAGGUCUUGGUAUCUGUCUACGGCUUCUUGAAAACAAUCGGUCCUCUGACAGUGUGCGGAAUACUGCUGCAGCGACCUUCAGGCAAGCUGUAGCCUUGGUAUUUGAUCACAUGGUUUGUGCUGAAUCACUUCCACUAGGGAAGUUUGGUUCUGGGGGUUACAUCUCUCGUACUAGUUCAGUUACUGGUGAUAUUAAUCGCAAUAUCAACCGCUCAGAGUCAUUGGAGUAUGAAUUUAUCUCUGGACGGCCAUCAUUAAUGAGGGAGACUCUAACCAAAGCUGGAAAGCUGGGGCUUCGUUUGCUUGAAGACCUGACAGCUCUUGCUGCAGGUGGAUCUGCAAUUUGGUUACGUGUCAAUUCUAUUCAAAGGACGUUUGCGCUUGAUAUACUUGAGUUUGUUCUGUCCAAUUAUGUAGUUGUCUUCAGAACCUUGGUUUCAUAUGAGCAGGUCCUACGUCACCAGAUAUGUUCGCUUCUUAUGACUUCUCUUCGUACCAAUGCUGAGGUUGAAGGAGAAGCAGGAGAGCCUUCUUUCCGUCGCUUGGUCUUGCGGUCUGUUGCCCAUAUUAUCAGGCUUUACAGUUCCUCCCUUAUCACUGAAUGUGAGGUGUUUCUUAGUAUGUUAGUGAAGGUUACAUCAUUGGAUUUGCCAUUAUGGCAUCGGAUUCUUGUUCUUGAAAUCCUAAGGGGUUUUUGUGUAGAGGCGCGGACAUUGCGAAUUCUUUUCCAAAACUUUGACAUGCAUCCAAAGAACACUAAUGUUGUUGAGGGUAUGGUUAAAGCUCUUGCUCGAGUUGUUUCAAGCUUACAGGUUCAGGAAACCAGUGAGGAGAGCCUGACAGCUGUUGCAGGGAUGUUUAGCAGCAAAGCUAAAGGGAUUGAGUGGAGCUUAGAUAAUGACGCAUCCAACGCUGCAGUCUUGGUAGCAAGUGAAGCACAUGCAAUUACGUUGGCAGUUGAAGGUCUCUUGGGUGUUGUCUUUACUGUGGCUACUUUGACCGAUGAAGCCGUGGAUGUUGGGGAGCUUGAAUCUCCCAGAUGUGAUAGUGAUCCACCGGCAAAAUGUACUGGGAAAACUGCAGUUCUCUGCAUCUCAAUGGUUGAUUCAUUGUGGUUGACUAUACUUGAUGCAUUGUCUCUGAUUUUAUCAAGGUCACAAGGAGAGGCUAUUGUGUUGGAGAUAUUAAAAGGCUAUCAGGCAUUUACUCAGGCAUGUGGGGUUCUUCGUGCUAUAGAACCUUUAAACUCUUUCCUAGCAUCACUAUGCAAAUUUACAAUCAAUAUCCCCAGUGAAGUUGAAAGGAGGAGCAAUGCUUUACAGUCUCCUGGCUCAAGACGUUCUGAACCACUGGUAGACCAGAGGGAUAGUAUUGUCCUUACGCCCAAGAAUGUGCAGGCUUUAAGGACUCUUUUCAACAUAGCUCAUCGUUUACAUAAUGUAUUGGGCCCUUCUUGGGUUUUGGUGUUGGAGACUCUAGCAGCUUUAGAUCGAGCAAUCCACUCUCCACAUGCUGCCACACAGGAGGUAUCCGCCACUGUCCCAAAGCUUACAAGGGAAUCAUCUGGCCAAUACAGUGACUUAAGUGUUCUCUCUUCUUUGAAUUCUCAGCUUUUCGAGAGCUCAGCGCUGAUGCAUAUAUCUGCAGUUAAGUCACUUCUUUGUGCAUUAUGUGAGUUGUCACAUCAAUGCAUUCCUGGAACCUCAAGUGUUUUUGGGCAAGCAUCAAACCAAAAGGUUGGCAGCAUAAGUUUUUCGGUGGAAAGAAUGAUAUCCAUCCUUGUCAAUAAUCUCCACAGAGUAGAACCAUUAUGGGAUCAAGUUGUUACCUAUUUUCUUGAGCUUACCAAUAGUUCUAACCAGCAUUUACGAAAUAUGGCGCUUGACGCAUUGGAUCAAUCAAUUUGUGCUGUUUUAGGUUCAGAUCGAUUUCAGGAAUAUAUACCAUCUAAGGCCCAUAGUGCAUCUCAUGAUAUGGAAACCAUCAAUUCAGAGUUGAGGUCACUUGAGUGUGCUGUCAUAUCCCCAUUACGGGUCCUUUAUUUUUCUAGUCAAAUCACUGAUGGUCGUGUUGGAGCUUUGAAAAUUCUUCUCCAUGUGUUAGAGAGGCACGGAGAGAAGUUGCACUACAGCUGGCCAGAUAUUCUUGAAAUGUUGAGGUGUGUGGCUGAUGCAUCAGAGAAGGAUCUUGUCACUUUAGGAUUCCAGAGUCUACGUGUCAUUAUGAAUGAUGGGCUUUCAACUAUACCUGCAGAUUGCCUCCAUGUAUGUAUAGAUGUUACUGGAGCAUAUAGUGCUCAAAAGACUGAGUUGAAUAUAAGUUUGACAGCAAUAGGCCUUUUAUGGACUACAACAGAUUUUAUUGCAAAGGGGCUUCUCCAUGGACCUCCCAAGGAAACAGAAAUUAUGGAUAUGAGUUCUACUCCUAAACAAAUGGAUGGUGAAAGAAAGGAAGAGAAGACUCUCAACUUUGCUGAUAAAUUUGAUGACCAAUCUCCCUUGAUGAAUAGCGUUAAUCGUGACAGGUUGCUAUUCUCUGUCUUCUCAUUACUUCAGAAACUUGGGGCUGAUGAGAGACCAGAGGUCAGGAACUCAGCUAUCAGAACUCUUUUUCAAACUCUUGGAGGUCAUGGACAAAAACUUUCAAAGAGUAUGUGGGAGGAUUGUCUUUGGAACUAUGUUUUCCCUAUCCUGGAUCGUGCUUCUCACAUGGCUGAAACUUCAUCAAAAGAUGAAUGGCAAGGGAAAGAACUUGGAACACGUGGUGGAAAAGCAGUUCACAUGCUCAUACACCAUAGUCGUAAUACAGCUCAGAAACAGUGGGAUGAAACACUUGUACUAGUCUUAGGCGGAAUAGCACGUCUUUUACGUUCUUUCUUUCCUUUUCUUAGGAGUUUAAGCAAUUUUUCAACUGGAUGGGAAUCUUUGCUUCUUUUUGUCAAGAAUAGCAUUUUAAAUGGUAGUAAAGAGGUUGCUCUCGCAGCAAUAAAUUGUUUACAGACAACUGUGAAUUCUCACUCUUCUAAGGGAAACUUACCAAUGCCCUAUCUUCAGUCAGUACUUGAUGUUUAUGAAACUGUUCUUCAAAAGUCACCGAACUACAGUGAUAAUGCAGCCAGCAAGGUGAAGCAGGAGAUUUUGCAUGGUCUUGGAGAACUAUAUGUGCAAGCACAAAUGAUGUUUGACGAUGGCACAUAUACACAAUUACUAGCAAUCAUACGUUUGGUGGUCAAACAAUCCAAGAUGAAUAAUGAUAACUUUGAAGUUGAAUAUGGGCAUGUUCCACCUGUGCAACGUAUGAUGCUGGAAAUCUUACCACUGCUACGUCCAGCUGUGCACCUUCCUGCAAUGUGGUUGCUGCUCCUCCGGGAACUUUUGCAGUAUCUUCCAAGGCCUGAUUCUCCUAAAGAGGACAAUGAAGAUGGGGCAGAGAUGAUGAUAAAGUCUGAAACCCCUAAUGGUACUGCUUCCAAUUCCCCAAGCAAAACAGAAGCUUCAUCUCUGAGUGCUGGAUCCACCACAAGUAUAAUGGCAGGCAUCCCAAGUUAUCUGUUUGCAGAAAAGCUCAUUCCUGUGCUGGUAGAUCUUUUCCUACAGGCUCCAGCAGUUGAAAAGUAUAGCAUAUUUCCUGAAAUUGUUCAAGGUCUUAGCAGAUGUAUGACGACCAGAAGAGAUAGUCCAGAUGGUACACUUUGGAGAUCAGCUGUUGAAGGCUUCAACAACAUUGUUCUUGAUGAUGUCAACAAAUUAGCUGUGAACUUUGGGCCAGAUCCUAGUAUUAGUAAACCUGCAAGAAUGCGUGUUUGGAAAGAAGUUGCAGAUGUCUAUGAAAUAUUCCUUGUGGGUUAUUGCGGGCGGGCCCUUCCUUCCAAGUCUCUCUCUGACAUGGCACUUAAGGCUGAUGAGUCUCUUGAGAUGACCAUUCUAAACAUUCUUGGUGAUAAGAUCCUUCAAGCGCAGAUUGAUGCACCUGUUGAUAUUCUGCAACGACUAGUUUUGACCUUGGACCAUUGUGCAUCACGCACAUGUUCUUUGCGCAUUGAGACUGUGGAACUAAUGCCUUCUCACUGUAGCAGAUUCUCAUUAACUUGCUUGCAGAAGCUAUUUUCCUUAAGCAGUUACAAUGGUGAAGCCAACGAUUGGAACUCAACAAGAUCUGAAGUUAGCAAAAUCUCAAUCAUGGUGCUCAUGACCAGAUGUGAACAAAUUUUGAACAGAUUUCUGAUUGAUGAGAAUGAAUUAGGUGAACGUCCACUGCCAACAGCCAGGCUAGAAGAAAUUAUUUUUGUACUUAAAGAGCUGGCCCGUCUGGUAAUUCAUCCAGAAACAGCAUCUGUUCUUCCUCUACAUCCAUACUUAAAGGGAGGCCUAGCAGAGGAGAAUCAUGACAGGCGUCCCCAUCUACUUGUUCUUUUUGCAUCCUUUUGUGAGCUAGUUAUCUCAAGGGAAGCUAGAGUAAGAGAACUAGUGCAAGUACUGCUUAGACUCAUUGCCGCAGAAUUGUCACUCCAAAAAAUUGGCGUGACCAGCUGAUGCAUGGAAGGAUGCUGUUCCAAAAGACCAAGGCCAAGGCCAUGCUCACGUUUGCCAACAUUUAUUUGUUCAUAUGAGCUUUUUUCUUGUUGUCUUUUUUGGGUCUGAAUUCACAGGAAGUUUUUAGGUAAGGAAUUUUUUCACUUCCUUCAUAGAUGAACAUUUUAUUGUAAACUAGUGUGUACAUUAUAGAAAUAUAUAUACACAUAUAUGUACGUGUGUGUGUGUGUGCGCGUGUUUCGCAAUGAGGAGACAAGCAUUCACUACUCCCUCGUUGCCACUUUUUGAGUGGUUUAAGAGUUAAUGUAAUACAAAUUGAUUUUCUGGAAUACAACAUGUCAAUUAGAAACUUGUUUAUUGUA